AUGCAGAACUUUUCACAUACAAUAUGGAUGGGUGAUUUAGAACCCUACAUGGAUGAAAUGUUUAUUAAAAGAGCUUUUGAAACAUCUGGUGAAAUUAUAGUCAGUGUAAAAGUUAUCAGAAAUAAAGCAACUGGUCAAACCCUUGGUUAUGGUUUCAUUGAGUUUCUUGAUUCUACAGCGGCAAGAGAUGCAAUGCUUAAAUUGAAUGGUAAACUUAUUCCUGGGGCACCGACGAAAAGAUUCAAGUUGAAUCAUGCAAGUUAUGGAAAAGACAGUACAGCUAGCAAUGAAUGCUCAUUAUUCGUUGGCGAGUUAACAGAAGAUGUCGAUGAUCUUGCUUUAUUCAAUGCUUUUAAAAAUAUCCUACUUGUCGAUCAGCUAAAGUUGUUAUGA